AUGGCCGACUCCAAAUAUCAGCCAGUGCCACACCAUGACACUCUCGACUCACCACCGCAGUCCAAUUCUACUCUGCAUCAUCAGACCCGACAUCACUUAGACCCUGCCGAUGUAUCUGACCUCUCAUUCCAAGACACCGACGACGAAAAUGACAUGAUGGACCUUGACGAAGAGGGCGGCGCAGACGAGACCGUCAUGGCCCCUUUAAAUCGUCGAGCAAGCAGAAGCAGCAGCAGCAGCAAAAAGCGCCAACAACUCUCGAGCAGACGCUGGCCAACGAACUCCAAGUUUCGUGGAUGGCUGUCUCGGCUCACCAAGUCUAUUGUUCGACAUCGUCUCGCGCUCGUUGCGGCGGCGGGKCUUAUUUUUAUUUUCUUGCCUUUGAUUGCUUAUCAGCGCAGUAUCAGGAGUUUCUUUUGGGCAGAUCGGGUCUAUGAAUCUCCGCCGUGGUAUCCGUCGCCGAGGGGCGGGACAUCAGAGACGUGGGCGCAUAGUUAUCGGAAAGCGAAGACGAUGGUUCAGAACAUGACGUUGCUGGAGAAGGUAAAUGUCACGACUGGGGUGGGUUGGUCGAUGGGGUUGUGCGUUGGCAACACAGGGCCCGCAAUGGAUGCUGGAUUUCCUUCCCUCUGCCUGCAAGAUGGCCCCUUGGGUAUUCGUUUCGCCGAUCACAUUACUGCCUUCCCGGCUGGUUUGACAACUGCUGCAACUUGGAAUCGCUCACUGAUCGAAGAACGCGGCUAUCUACUCGGCACAGAGGCUCGGGGAAAGGGUGUGAAUGUGCUUCUAGGCCCGUCUAUGGGUCCCCUAGGGAUUGCACCGGCUGGUGGUCGAAACUGGGAAGGCUUCUCUCCCGAUCCUGUUCUCAGUGCCAUUGCAGCUGCGGAUACGAUUCGAGGUAUUCAGCGGACCGGUGUAAUGGCUACAGCGAAACAUUUCGUCUUGAAUGAACAGGAGCACUUCCGCCAGGGCCGGGAGUGGAUUAUACCAGAUGCGAUGUCCUCAAAUAUCGACGACCGGGCGCUGCACGAGAUUUUUAUUUGGCCUUUUGCUGAGAGUAUUCGUGCAAAUGUUGCCAGCGUUAUGUGCUCGUAUCAGAUGGUCAAUAAUUCAUAUGCAUGUGGCAAUAGCAAGCUUUUAAAUGGCAUUUUGAAGGAUGAGUUAGGAUUUCAAGGCUUUGUUCAGUCAGACUGGCUUKCACAGCGGUCGGGCGUGAUCAGCGCUCUCGCGGGGCUCGAUAUGUCCAUGCCCGGUGACGGCGCUUCGUGGGCAGACGGAAAGUCUUUCUGGGGCAAGCAAUUGACAAUUGCAGUGCUCAACGGUACAAUGCCUAUGGAACGUCUCAACGAUAUGGUGACACGCAUUGUAGCGGCGUGGUAUCAUUUGGGACAAAACGAGCCGGGCGAUAAUCCAACAUCUCCCAAUUUCUCCUCGUGGACUAAUGAGGAGAAUGGCCAUUUAUUCGAAGGGUCGGGUGAUCCAGCCUCUGGCAGAGUCAAUCACUUUAUUGAUGUGCAAGGCAGCGGUGAGAAUGCUCAUAGUAUUAUAGCUCGACGAGUUGCCGCGGAGGGAACUGUGAUUGUGAAGAACGAAGACGACAUUCUUCCCUUAAGUUCACAAGGGCCUAGCUCUCAUGGAAAACCAUACCGCGUUGGUGUGUUUGGAGAAGACGCUGGUUCAGGCAAGGGUCCUAAUUUUUGCGUUGAUCGAAGCUGCAAUCAGGGUACUUUGGCGUCUGGUUGGGGAAGUGGUGCCGUGGAAUUUCCGUAUCUGGUUACACCAAUCGAUGCACUGAAACAGUCUUUUGAUGAGACAGAAGUGGAAUUUCAAGGAUAUCCAACCGACAAAUACGAAGACAAGGAUCUAGAUAAUCACGACCUUUGCAUUGUGUUUGCCAAUUCUGAUUCUGGCGAAGGAUAUCUUAAAUGGGACGACGUCAAUGCAGACCGGAAUAAUUUGUUUCUCCAGAAGCAGGGUGAUGGUUAUAUUCAACGAGUUGCGAACAAAUGUGGUGGAGAGGAUGGAGUCACUAUCGUCGUUAUUCAUGCCGUCGGUCCUGUGGUUGUAGAGUCUUGGAUCGAACACCCACGUAUCAAGGCCGUUGUUCUUGCCCAUCUUCCAGGUGAAGAAAGCGGAAACGCUCUGGCAGAUGUCUUGUUCGGUAGGGUUGACGGUGGACGACUUCCUUAUACCAUCGGCAAAAGCCUGGAAGACUACGGUCCGAGUGCGCAGAUACUCUACUUUCCAAACGCGUUGGUACCGCAAGUCAAUUACACGGAUGGGUUGUUUAUUGACUAUCGAUAUUUUGACAAACACAACAUUACUCCUCGAUAUGAGUUUGGCUAUGGCCUGUCUUUUACGACUUUUGAAUAUUCAGAUCUUGUCAUUUCUUCGGUCCGAGAGAAGUCGCCUUUGCCAUCGCCUCGGCCAAAUGAUCCUGUUUCUCCGCCUGAAUACAGUGGGCAGACACCAGACGCGAGGUCUGCAUUAUUUCCUGCGGGAUUCCGAGCAUUAAACAAAUAUAUUUACCCAUACCUCUCUGAUCUAUCCGAGAUCAAACAGAGGCACUUUGACUUCCCCAAAGGCUACAAGGAAAAGUACACACUGUCUCCUGCCGGCGGAGGGGAGGGCGGCAACCCAUCUUUGUACGAGACGUUCGUCGUGGUUACUGCCAAUGUCACCAACACGGGCACUCGCACAGGGCAAGAAGUGGUGCAAUUGUAUGUCUCGUUUCCGAAUGAUGUCAAAGACGAGGAUGUCACUUUUAGCGAUUAUAUUGAGUUUCCUGUGCGGGUUCUACGCGGAUUCGACAAAGUGGAGUUGGCGCCGGGCGAGACGACAAAGGUUGAGCUCGCAUUGACUCGCAAGGAUCUUAGUUAUUGGAGCACUCGGCGGCAGAAUUGGGUGAUGCCGGCAUGUAUCGAUAAGCAAGUGGGCAUCGAAUUUUCUAUUUUGGCUUUUGGAUAUUCAAAAGUCGAGCGCAUGAGGAUCCCGAUCGGGUUGCAGCUGGGGCUGCUGGUGCUUGUCACCUCGUUGGUGGGAUUGAUGAUUAUCUCGGUUGCGACGUGGGUGAAUAAUUAUAACUUUGUGACAGGUGUCAAAUCCCAAGGCCUCGUCCUCGCCGCGUCUCUCAAAGCCGGCCAAGUCGCCUCUAACAUUGCCCUCAUCGAAGCCAACUGCCAAACUGUCACAACCCGUGUACUGAUUCAAUCCGCUCUACGACGAUUCUAUCAAGGAAACCGAACAGACGCGAAUUGGGUCACAGCCAUUUCCGACGUGCAAUCCGCUCUGGGCUCUGGUGGCUAUGUCUCGUUAUACCAGGCCAUAAUCUAUUCACGGAAUGAGGCCGGGGAUCAAGACGGAUUGUUGAACGUGACGACCACUUCGUUGACAGAGAAUAUUGUGCUUCCCUAUACUUAUGAUAAUGGCACAUCCGUUGUACUCGGCGACGCCGGUCUGGGAUACCCCCCAUCCCUCUAUCCAAACCUGACUUAUGUCGUCGACGACGGCGUGGAUCCGACCAAUGCGACAAGUGAGCAGGCCACGGCGUACGCUUUUUCUGAUUUCCCGAUCAAUGUUACGUCAGCUUUGUUGCUCGGACCGUUAUACGUCAACUCCAGCUUCACGCUGAUCUCGAUCACAUUGCCGAUUAUAAAUAAUACGUCCAAUACGGAUAUUCUGGGAUAUAUGACGGUUAUCGCGAGUGCUGAAAGUCUACGAUCUACUCUUGCCGACAACAACGGACUUGAUACAUCCGCUUCGGUCAUGCUUGUCGGUCCAGCGACGGCGGAUAAUAUGUUUACUGGAGACGCAAGAGCAGCAACACGCACCAGCCCAGAGACCAAUAAAACCGCGCUCCAAGAAGCUCAAGCUCGUUAUGUCUUUACUCCGACGCUUGUCUCUGGUUUCGAGGACCGACAUAGUAAAUACCGCGCUACAGAAUCCACGUUCCCACUUGCGGAUUAUCCAACCGUUCUCGACGCACUUCAGACCCCGAGGUCGACAUUUGACAAUUCUUCCAGCGAUCUCGAUACUACUAACGAGCAAGGCUACCGCGUUGCUGUGGGUGUUGCCAGGCCGCAGUCAACACUGGUAGAUUGGGUGCUCGUGAUUGAAGAAACGCACACGCAAGCCUUUGCACCGGUGUCGCAGCUACGCAAAAUCAUCCUUGCAUGUGUGUUUGGUACGGCGGGAUUUAUUGCGAUUGCGAUUAUCCCAUUGGCGCAUUACAGUGUGACGCCGAUUAGGAAACUCAAAGCAGCAACCGAAAAAUCGAUCCAUCCAUCACCGUAUCAUCAUCAUAAUAACAACGAAGGCGCGGUUUUGGAAACAUUGAACGCGCAAAAUGAGAAACGGGCCGGCAUAUUUGGAGCAUUUUCGAACAUCGUGCAUGGUCGAUGGGGACUGUCACAAGGCACUGCAAGCGAAGAUGGUCGAUCAAAGACAUUUAAAGUCCCCGGCAAAGUCAAAGAAUCGAAACACAUCGUCACGGACGAGCUUACGGAAUUGACUAGCACUUUUAACGAAAUGGCGGACGAAUUGAUGAUCCAGUAUAACAGACUGGAAGAACGCGUAGCGGAAAGAACGCGCGAGCUUGAAAUCAGCAAAAAGGCCGCAGAGACGGCCAACGAAAGCAAGACUCUGUUCAUUGCGAACAUUUCGCAUGAGUUGAAGACGCCACUAAACGGAAUCCUGGGUAUGUGCGCUGUUUGCAUGGGCGAGGACGAUUUGCCGAGGAUUAAGAAAUCUCUGAAAGUGGUCUACAAGUCUGGCGAUUUGCUGCUGCACUUGUUGAACGAUUUGCUGACGUUCAGUAAGAAUGAGAUUGACUCUGCUAUUCGUCUGGACGAAAAGGAGUUCAAUCUAGCGGAAAUCAAGUCGCAAAUCUUGACCAUUUUCGAGAAGCAGGUCAUUGAAAAGCAUGUCCAUUUCACGGUCAAAUUCAUUGGGGCACCAGCUGCAGCGGAAACCAUCGUUAUCAAUGACGAGAAGCAUGCACUUACCAUGGCUUCACCGUCGACUUCGCAUGCACAUGGUCCACCAGGCACGGGCCGGAUGAAGGACAUGAUUCUAUGGGGUGAUCAGCAUCGUAUUCUACAGGUGCUCAUCAAUCUAGUCAGCAACAGUCUCAAAUUCACCCCCGAAGGUGGCCGUGUCGAAGUUCGCAUCAAAUGUUUGGGCGAUUACGAAAAGCCAGAGGGCAGUACCAAAGUUUCCUUCGACUCGAGGUCUAAUUCGCAAAUGAGGUCGAGAACCCCGUCGUUCCAGUCUACUCAGAUUGGUGGAAGUGUCGCUGGUAGCACCUUUGACCACCACUUUCGCGAGCGAGAAAUGCUUCUCAAUUAUCGAACAUUGGCGUUCAGCUUUGAAGUCGAAGAUACAGGUCCAGGUAUUCCGCCACAUUUACAACAACGAGUCUUUGAGCCUUUCAUGCAAGGUGAUUUGGGCUUGAAUCGGAAGUAUGGCGGUACAGGUCUCGGUCUGAGCAUUUGUUCGCAAUUGUCCCGUCUUAUGGGCGGUACCAUCCAUCUCGACAGUACAGUGGGCAAGGGAUCGACUUUCAGGGUUGAUAUUCCACUGAAGUUUUUGAAAGAGAUGGCACCUAGUACACGCAGUUCUAGUACAGCUGGCUCACGCCCUCAGAGUGAGAUUAUUUCUCUUGACGAAGCUGCGAAUAUCAACCGAACAUCAGGCGCCAACAGUCCCGUCGUGAAACCCGUCGAAACUCAAGACUUACAGCCUCGUCUAGUUGGUCUAAGCCAGCCGUUCUUUGCAGCUGCACCUCCGUCAUCUCCCCCUAUAAACAACAUCACCACCACUGCCAGCACUACUAACAACCCAUCUUCCGACACAAAACGCCACGUCCAGCUCAAAUCCACCUUGUCGACAGCAUCAGACACCAGCACAAGCGCAAAAAUACGCGUCCUUGUCGCUGAAGACAAUGCCGUGAAUCAAGAAGUCGUCCUCCGCAUGCUCAAACUCGAGGAUAUUUACGACGUCACUGUCGCCAAGGACGGACAAGAAGCCUACGACACGGUGAAAGCGACCAUGUCCGAAGGGAAUAAAUUCGAUUUGAUUUUCAUGGAUAUCCAAAUGCCGAACCUCGAUGGACUGGAGAGUACAAGGCUAAUUAGACAAAUGGGUUAUUCCGCGCCCAUCGUGGCGCUCAGCGCGUUUGCGGAAGAGAGUAAUAUCAAAGACUGCAUUGAGAGUGGCAUGGACAUGUUUCUGAGUAAACCGAUCCGCCGGCCAGCUCUGAAGCAAGUCUUGAAAAAGUUUGCGACAAUUGUCGAGGAGGAAGAUGGCGAGGCUUCUUGA